AUAAAAAGACGCAGAGCGAUUCAGGAACCUGCCCAACGGGUAGCCUUUGGUUAACUGUAAAGCAGAAAGGAGGGGACGUUUGGCACUAUAGCGCUCUUCUGUGCGUAAAGACGCUGAUGCUUGGAGAGAAGCAGAUUCGGGCUCACCGCGCGCAAACGCCCACAUCCUCAAGUCGACUUUGCUUUCUUUUGGUGAAUGAAAGUUUCCUAGGAGGGGGACGGAAGAAGAGAUGAUAUCUGACCAGGAUGAGUCGGAAAGGUGAAUUUUAAUAAGCAAAAGUGCGCGUUAGCCACCUGUUAUAUCAGCGCGAAAUGGGCAUGCUUAGUGUGGACCUCCUGGUAACUUUGCAGAUAUUGCCGGGUUUCUUCUCCAACUGCCUGUUUUUCGUGCUGUAUGAUUCGAUAGUGCUGGUAAAGCGUGUGGUGUCGCUCCUGAGCUGCUCGGGCUCCACGGGUGAGUGGCAGCGAAUGUUAACCACAGCAGGCGUGCGCUCCAUAUGGAACAGCUUUCUGCUGGAUGCCUACAAACAGGUGAAGCUAGGCGGGGCUGCUCCAAACUCCAAGGUGGUGAAGGUCCCCGGCAUCAACAGACACUGGAGCAUCAGCAGUAAAACCCACAACGAGUGCCACUUGCUGGACUUUGAGUCUCCUGACCGCCCGCUAGUGGUCAACUUCGGCUCAGCCACUUGACCCCCAUUUAUAAGCCAGCUGCCGGUUUUCCGGCGGAUGGUUGAGGAAUUUUCGGAUGUGGCAGACUUCCUACUUGUCUACAUCGAUGAGGCUCACCCCUCAGACGGCUGGGCGGCUCCUCCCAUGGAGCCCUUUUCGUUUGAAGUGAGGAAACACCGCAAUCUGGAGGAGAGGAUGUUUGCUGCCCGGAAACUUCUGGAGCAUUGCUCCUUGCCACCUCAGUGUCAACUGGUGGCCGAUUGCAUGGACAACAACGCCAACGCAGCCUACGGUGUGUCCUACGAGCGGGUUUGCAUCGUACAGAAGAAUAAAAUCGCUUACCUUGGGGGUAAGGGUCCAUUUUUCUACAACCUUAAAGAUGUUCUGCACUGGCUAGAGAAGAGCUAUGGGAAGCGAUAAUUUCGGUCAAAUAGCCUUUUCUGUGAAUGGUAAAAGAUUUUAUUUUUGUAUGACAGAGAGAAAUCGAGGGUAAGGUGCUUUGGAACUGUUUAACGGUGGCUCCGGUGGAAACACUUGGGCUGGGCUCCAAGUUUUUUUUUCCCCUGAAUUGUCUAAAAUGAUCAGCAGGUGUCCUACAUUCCUAACCACUUUAAAAUUAAAUGAACAUAGACACUAAAUACUGACCAUGUGGUUUGCACUUCAAUUCUGAGAUUAUAUUGUUGCCAGCAAAACAAUUCGUAGAUGCACUAUUAAUAACUUGUUCCUUUGCGAUUAAUGUAGAGUUAAAAGUGUGCAAUAUUUUUGUGCGACAUAUAUUGCUUACAAAAGAAAACCAAAUUGCUGAACAGAAGAGAAAGCACAAGUACCCAGCUUUUUUUUUUAUGAAAAGAGAAUAAUUUAUUUUUUAUUGACAUUCAAUGUUUAUUUUAAUAUGUGGCCUAUUUAUGUGCCUGUAAUGCUUUCCUGUCCUCUCUUAAACUGACAAUCGGUCAUUUUCCAUAUUCCAUGUGCCAUCAGCUUUCACAUCCCUGAUAUACUGUAAGCAUUCUCAGCAUCCCAUUGUGAAAAUUACUAAUGCUAAUCAUUCACUCUGUAUUGUACUUAACAAUCACAACAAUCUCACCACUCUUCCGGAGAAACCGGAAACAAAUUAAGGGAACAUGUUCCCGGCAGCCUCAGCCUCUGGGUUUAGUUCGGACACUUGCCUUCACUGCAGUGUACAGGAAAGCUGAUGAAAAGUUUAUUUACUCCUGAAUGUUAGAGAAGUGUUUUAAUGCUCUGAUGGAUAAGCAGUCGCUCAUUUGGGUCAAUGCGGUGCUGGUGUGCACAUGAAAAUCACAGACGAAAUGGUCCACUGUCCUGUCUGUGGUUGGAUGAGAGACCACACCUCUCUGUCCUGAUCCAAAUGGGCACGACUGCUGACAUGCUGAAACAAUCAUUCUGAAUCUGAAUUACUAUGGUGGCUUUGAGUUUUCUUUCACAGAACUGUUCUCAUGUACCACAACCGUCCUCUUCCUUUUAAUGAGGAAAAAGGAAAGAAAAAAUAAAGCUGAACUGCUGUUGACUACGA